AUGUCUAUCGGCAACCAUAGACUCCCUCCCUCAGUCGAGGAGAUGCUGCGACGUAGCAGUGAAAUCGCAAAGACCACCCACAAGCCAUUUCCUCUCUUCUCUGAACUCGCGGCCGUCGAUGCCCCAAAGCCCAAAAUCUUCAUCUUCAGCUGCAUAGAUCCAAGAGCCGACCCGGCGUCUUUCUUUGGGAUCGGCCCAGCUGACGCACUCAUUGUAAAAAACAUUGGCGGCCAUGUCAAUGCUAACUUUGAGAACCUCAUCUUCAUCGACCAGUUUCUUGGCACCUUGACCGAUGUCCUGGUCAUUCAGCAUACGGACUGUGGUGCACUGCACAUAACCAACGAGGCGAUCCGUCAGAACCUGAAGGAUAACGACUUAGGUCGCAAGGAAGACAUCGACGAGCUAGACUUCGGGACCUUCACGAGUGUCGAGGAUCAAGUCCGACGAAACGUGAAGUUCAUCAAAGAUUCUCCGUUCAUCCGUGAUGAGCUCAAGGCGCGGACCCAGGGACUUGCGUACGACAUCAAGACCGGGGUGGUCACUCGGGUGGUGUAG